GUACGUGCCUCGAAGUUUUGACCUUGGACGUAGGCACCGCCUAUUCAAAUUAUAACUAGAUAUGUCAGUUCGGAAAUGUAGGGCUGUAAAGGCAACUGCUUACAGCUUGGCGCAACCUGUAGAAACCGGAACAGUGUUACAAGACUCACUUAAAAGAAAGUGGGUCAUUGGUAAUGCAAUCGGUCAGGGUGGUUUCGGCCGAAUCUACGCAGGUACCAGCUGUUCGUUAGUUUCCUUUAUAAAAUUUAGUUAAACUUGAGGGUGAAAAAGCUUAUCAUUAUGUUGCUAAGAUAGAACCCCAAGAAAAUGGACCGCUUUUUACUGAAAUGCAUUUUUACAUGCGAGCAUGUUCUGAGAAUGCAAUCAACUCAUGGAAGUCGAGUCAUUCUCUUAAGUACCUUGGCAUUCCGAGAUAUAUAAGCAGUGGGUCGAUUAAUUUAAAUAAAACAGCCCUUCGAUUCCUUGUGAUGGAUCGUUUCUCUGGAGAUUUCGAAUCCACAUUAAAGAAUCGUGAAAUAUCCGCAUCUGGUAUUCUUGAAGUCAGCGCAAAUGUGCUAAAUGCACUAGAAUAUAUGCAUUCAAGAGACUACGCUCACGCAGAUAUUAAAGCUUCUAAUCUUCUUCACGGAUCUUCCAAACAAGAGGUUUACUUAGCUGACUUUGGUCUAGUCCAUUUAUUUCGUUCAAAAGGUGUACAUACUGUUGAGAAAUCAGAUCCUAAAUUUCGACACAAUGGAACAAUAGAGUUUUGUUCACGAGAUGCACAUACUGGACUCCCUCCAUCUCGUCGUGGGGAUUUGGAAAUUCUACUGUUCAAUCUUAUCCAUUGGCUGGCUCGAUCUCAUCCCAAUGCUCCUCAGUUACAUUCCACUGGUCUACCUUGGGGACAUCUCAUUUCAGAUCCUAAAUUACGCGCUAAUGUUCCUGAUCGUGUUAAAGUGUCAGUGGCUGAUAUAAAAGAGAAAACAAUGAAAAAUCCUGCAGAAUUUGUAUUACAAGCUGGUUAUGGACCAAAUGCUGAUAUACUCGCAUUCAUCCAGUCAAUCAAACAGUUGGGUUAUUCAGAUACACCAGAUUAUGCCUAUUUACGUAAACUUUUGUACAGUGCUAAGUCAUCGAUUGGCAAACAAACUGUUCCAUCUAGUCGUAAGUUGACUGUGGAAUCAUCAAAUGAGACGGGGAGUAUUUCUUCACCAGCACGCCGUAAAUAUAAUAAGAAGGAUGAUUUAUUAAAGUCGAACGACUCACGUGCUUUGAAUUCAGUUGAAAAUUUAGAUCUUAACAGCUCUAUUUCAAAAACACCAGACAGUUUACCGACUAAAAAACCUAGAGGUCGUCCACCUGCUGGUAGUAGUCGUUUAAAACAACUGGAGAAUAUAUCACCUGUGGGUACUUCUUCAGAGGCGGAUAAGAAUAUUUGUAAAGGUUCAGCAGUAAACAGUACUAACCACGCUUCUAAACGUAAUGCUGUAAAGACUUUGCAUGGAUCUUCACCGAAUAAAAAGUCCACACCAGGUGAAUCGACAUCACUUACACCGAAAUCUGGAUUACCGAAUUCCGGCAGUGGAGAUACAAAUCUUCCAAGUCAACAGCGUACUAGAACUCGACUUAUCGAUUUAUUCUCAGACAGUGAUGAUGAUGAUAGUGAUGAAUUUUUUACUAGUCUAAAGAAAAAUUCAAGCAGAUCUCGUAAAGAUGUACUCAAGUCAACUCCUAAACUUGAAUCUCCAAGAGCAUCACCAUCCACACGAAAAAACCAACAAGAAUUGAAUCGUCACCACUUAACAGACAAUACAAGCAAACAAUCUCCAUUUAAGUCACCAGAGUAUACCUCACUGGCUGCUAAUCGUAGACGAUCUGGUUGGUGUCAAACAUCUCCGGAGUUGUUAGCUGUUGCCAAGGCAGAGGCAUUAGGUCGUAGAGCUGUGAAAUUGGCAGAAAUGAACUUGAAUUAA